AAGGGGGUAUUCUAGGGGGUGUCCCUACUGUGGACAGGUUGUAUAUGUGCACCUUUGGGGCAGAGGAGUAAAAUGUAUUGAAAGGUGACACCAGUCAGGUGGGAGUGUUUGCGAAACUGUACUUAAAGCGGGGGUAGUUUGGUUGGUGAAUAAAACUUCUGGAAAGGAAAUUGUGCUUUUGAAGGAAAUUCUCCACCAGCAUGAUGAAAUGCACCAUAUUCCUGAUCUUUGCUGUGUUGAUUCCUGCAAAAUAUGCAAGUCCUCAGUCAUGUGUUAUCGAUACUCUGAUUAAUGGGAAGAUCCAGGCAGCAAUUGAUUCCAAAGUGCACUCAAUUCUGGCAAAGAGACAGCUGACUUGCACAACCGCAUUUUCUCGUGGUGCUAAUGCCCACUGCCCUUCAGGGUACCUGGCCACUGGAUGUGCCUGUGGAAUGGGUUGUGGUUCCUGGGAUAUUCGUGGUGAUGCUGCCUGUCACUGCCAGUGUGCCAGAAUUGACUGGACUUCUGCCCGUUGCUGCAAAGUGGCCAUUGUUGGCUAAUGGCGCCUCAUUUGCUUGUUGGUUGCAGCUUCUAUGCUCAAUAAACUCACUUCUAUGAUUUUAUGAACAUUCUUGUGCAAUA